AGAUACGCCAGCAAUGGGUUUCUAUCAGACCGUCAGCAGAUGUGGGUCGAUGGAAUGCCCAACGACGACUUCACUGAAAACCCCGUGUUGUACAAAGAGGCCAUGACGCUGACGUUUCAAAAGACGCACGAAAAUGAGGACAUGGCUGCUGCCCGAGAAGUCCGAAACCUUGCGGAAGUCAUUAUUCCGGAGAAGAAAAACAGCGACAUCAUCCAGCGAAUCUCGGAGGCCAGGAGACGCCGUCAUGAGGAUGCGGUGGCAACGCUGAGACGGGAGUUGGCAAGCAUUGGGAGGGAAAGGGAGCUGAGCAUUCUGGAGCCCGGGAGAUUGUUUUUGACCAGGUUAGCUGGGUGUGAUGAAAACAUCGAGUGCCUUCUCCAAAGAAUUGAAAACGACUUCGACCUCAAGACGUACAGCAUGCAGUGCACAUCUGAGAGGGGGACUGCCUUUAACACCACGCUUGGGCCGUUUGACUACCUGGUGAUGCCGUUUGGACUGGCUGGGGCCCCGGGGGUGCUCAUGAACUUGAUUAACGAGGUGCUGCAUAAAUACCUGCUCAAGGGGGUCCUGGUUUUUCUGGAUGAUAUCUUGAUCUGUUCUAAAGAGAAGGAGUCACGCGUGCAGCUGCUCAGAGACGUGCCGAGUGCCCUCUAUGAGAGCCGCCUCUUUGCCAAGCUGUCUAAGUGCAAGUUCCGUAAAGAGGAACUGGACUUCCUGGGCUACCGGAUCUCGGGUAGGGGUCUGCACAUGGAUCCCCAUAAAGUCCAAGACGUGCUGGGGUGGGCUUUGCCCCUCAUGGACUUGUUGGAAAUGAAGGGGAAAGGGCCUAUCAAAGACACGCUGAGAAAGUAUACCAAGAUUUUGGAAGACACUGCCUAUCUUUUAUCAUCUGAUAUCCACAGGAUCAUACACAAGGAAGCCAUGAUGAUAAACCAAGCCCUGCUGGCGAAUCGGAGAGCCGUGGCCAGGCUGUUUGUUAACCUGAUGGAGGCCGACCUGAAGAAGGACGUCUCCUUCCGGCGCAAACUGAAGGAGAGGAUACAGGCCUGGAAAACCAUGCAGAAAGAGUUUAUACUUUGCAGUUUCAGAAAAUUUAUGGAAAACGAAAGGAUACAGAACCCAAGCAUUGUGAAAAAUGAGCUGGAAAACAUGCUAAAAGAUCAACUGACCCUCAGCGACAAGAGGACUGCGCUUUUAUACUCUCUUGGCAAUUUAUUGCCUCUGACGCAUUCCAAGGCUGAGAUAAACGAGUGGUACGAAUCUGUCGUGGCGUUAAAUAAGCGUAUAGGGUGCAGAAAAUCUGUGGUUUGCGGAGUCACCGUGUCAGUAACGGAACUGCACGUGGUGUUCCUUGUGGGGCGUGAGCCCUCGGAGCACAGGAGCCCAAGGAAGACCAUGCGCUUGAAUGACUUUGAACAGCUGGCUAAACAUACCGAAAUCAACUGCAGGCACCUUUACCAGUAUUUCCAGGAUGCUCUUGUCCUCUGGGAUGUUCAUCAGCACAACCUCGUUCACCUGGAGAACGACCUUCAUAGUAAAUUGAAUGACUUGCGGAACAAGCACGAAAAUCUGAACAAGCUAAGGGAAGUUCACCUGGACAUAGCCAUCGACAAGCUGAGGACCCAAGGCUCCGAGGAGAAGCUGAAGGCCCAGCUGGAGAAGGUUUACACCGCCUUGGACUGCAUCCAGGCCGGGUAUGAAGCCUUCCACCAGGACCUGGAGACCAAAAUAGGAGUUUACCCGCAGAAUGUUCUGAAAGAACUGAUUGCCUACAGUGCCUGCAUCAGCCAGUAUUUUCAUGUGAAGGAGACCUAUGAAGGGGAGCCAUUGAGGAAGGCCAGGGCUGAAGAAGAAGAAGAAGAGGCAGAAAUGGCUGAGGAUGCAGAGGAAGCGGAAGGUGCAGCGGAGGCCCCGGAGUGUGUCCUCGAGCAUGUAACGGAAGAGGGAGAGGGGCACAAGGACCGUCCGGAAGAACGGGACGAGCACGAGGCGGCAGAGGGAGCUGAGCCGAUGGAGAGCCUCGGAGGAAUGGAGAGCCCCCCUCCAGAAAGCGAGGGGAUGGAAACUGGGACAAGCCUGGGGCUGACAAGCGACUCAGAGAGGUCCGAAGACGGGACCGAAGUGCGGGAGGCCGGAGAGGCUCCCGAGACAGGAGAGGCGGUGACACCCAAACAGGUGGAAGUCUGCGCUCCGCGGAGGAGGCCGUCAGAAAGGGUCUUGGAGUGCUUCACGACCGCAAGUGGGAACACAUACACGGUGUUUGAGCCUGCAGGGAAAAGGAAGACCAGGAGGUCUGAGAAAUAUUACGCCGGGAAGCUGAAAGAAGACCAGCUUCCUUCAUACGUGGAGCAGGUGUACCUCUCCCAAACCUUCGAUGAAAAUGCAAGAAGACAAAUCCGACUGCAGUUCUUUGAACACCUGGAGAAGUGGUUUGCCCAGACCUUGUCCGCCGCACGGGCAGUUAUGGCCUCCAAGAAGGAGGAGCUGAGUUCGGAGCUGCAGCUGCGCAUCCACCUGCACGAGCCGAGGCGGGGGCGUAUCGAGAAGGACGUCUUCCAAGUCAGGCUGGUGGAACUGCAGCUCCACAAUGACCGUCUGGCACGCCACUGCGCUGGGGUGGUGGAGGCUUUGAACCAAGAGAAAACUGCCUUUCAGAAGCUUCAAGAAGGCCAGAACACACUCAGCAAAAACUUCCGAAAGAGGAUCCAAGACAUGGAAGACAUCUUCCUGAGAGAGAGCAGGGCAGAAAAGCUGAUGGCCCUCAGCAACAACUUGCACACGGAGCUGCUCAACCACAUGGAAGUGAUGCAGGUCUCCCUGCGGAGCUACAGGCAGUACCUGGAAGAGGCGCUCGGGAAGCUGCGGGAAGCAAACACCGACUUCCUGAAGGCCUGCAGAUUAUUCUCGGAAGGGGGCAACUUCUGCCCCGAAGAGCUGGAUCACUUUGUCAAAAGCCUGCAGAAGGAGACGGGGCGCAUUGACUUUGUGGAAGGCCUGAUCAUGAUCGACAUGGAGAAGAUGGAGUCCAGCCACUUGGAGCAGGCUAUCGAGAUCACCAGCAAGUUUGAAAAUAGGUUCCGUUACCUAGCAGUGGAUCGAGUCUUCAUGGAGAAAAUCCAGCGGUUUAUGACCAACCUGCAAGUGAAAAUCAAGCUGGAGGUGGCAAAAUCGAAUUUUCAGUCUCAGACGUUGAGCUCCCAUUUAGAGACGCUCCUUAGCAGGAUUGACGCCUGUGCCCACCCCAAUGUGGAUAAAGAGCCCAUCACUUCCAAAGAGCUGUAUGAGUUUGCCAAGUUUGUGAUGGAGAAACUGAAGGAGAGAAGCAAAUAUCUCAACUGCUUGCUGGGACAGGACUUUGCAUUGGCUCUGCCAGAUCCCCCUACUCAAAGCUCUACGGAGCCCACGAGCCAGUCGGGCAGUUUCCAGCAGGACAGCAAGGUAACCGUGAUGGGCGUUGAACGCACACCGUUGAUGACUCCGAGCAGGAUGGGGAAGACAGUCUUUGAUGACGCAGCCAUUGGUGUGGUCAAGCAUCUCACUGGAAUGCAGCGUUCCAAAAGAACCGCAGACCAGCAGCAGCAGCAUGAAAAAGAAGACCGUGUGCCGUUGGGAACAGGAGGUGUUCCAGCAGGCGCUGGCGUCGGAGGAGUGUAUUGUCCGGUUCCGACGUUCCCCGCCACCUUCAGUGGAAAUGCCCGUGGAGAAGUUGCCGCAAGCCCUGCCAGUCUGAGCGCCAUGCCUGCUGUCCCCAAAAAGUCCGUUUCCUUCAGCAAGAAGGUCUCAGUGGGCAGCACUGUCUCCAUGCAGAAGUACAUCAAACAAACGAAGGCGGACAAGAAAUUCCAGGUCUUUGGGGACAAGCCGAAAGACUCCGACACUGUCUCCAUGCAGAAGUACAUCAAACAAACGAAGGCGGACAAGAAAUUCCAGGUCUUUGGGGACAAGCCGAAAGACUCCGAUUGGGACCACUUUAAAGGGAUUAUUUUCAAUACUGUCUGGGACAACUUUGAUAUUCUGAUGAAUGUUGCUGAGGACUUCUACAGAAAGGACAAGCAUCAAAUCACAAGGCCAGAAUACCUGCAGGAAACCUAUGACCAGUGUGUUGAUGUGAUGGGACAGAAACUCCUGCUAUUCCGGGAUCAGCUGAAGAGGUUUGAGGAGCUGCUCCCUGACAUUGUCCAGCUGGUAACUGACAAGGUUCUGAAAGAUCAUGAACAACUCCUCCUCGAGUCCACGGAGCAGAUCCGGCGAGAUUUACAGGAACAACUGCAAAAGGGGGACCUUCAGAAGGACAAAAACAAGAAUCAGCUGCGCCCGACUCUGGGGCACCCGGAGAACGUAUCCCAGCUGGAAGCUCUGUGCCUGGAGGAGGAAGGAAGACAGAAGGAGCAAGUGGAUGGGAUCCGUCUCUGCACCCAGAAACUGGAGGCCUGCGCCGUCGAGUGUGCCCAGAGCUUUGUCUCCACAUUGGCCGCCUGCACAGAAAAGAUCCUUGUGGAGUUGGACGACAGCCUCACCAUAGAUGACGUGCAGAUGGCAGAAACAGAGACCCCGAAGGAGAAGACAAGCACCCUGAUCCGCCGUAAGAAAGCUGGCCUUUCCUUAGCCGCGGAAGCGUGUAAGCUGGUGGCUGAACGGGGGAGCAGGACGUGGCCUGGAAUCCCAAGAACUACACUUGUGGGCUUCCCAGAUCAAAUCCUGUGCCAGGAAACUGCUGCUGUAACAACAGCAAAGACAACCCUGGGUCACGUGGCUGCCGUGGAAGAGAGGGAUGCUGUUUACAUGACAUUCAAACAAGUGCUUGAAGCAGAGUUUGCCAGAACCAAGGAGGAAAACGCAGCCCAUCUGAAUAAGGCCCAGCACUGGGCGGACUGGUGGAAGAAAUCGGUGCAGAAGAUCAAGCAACUGUACUCCUGA